AUGCACACCAAACUGCUGGAUUUUGAUCCUGAUACAUUACAGUGUAGCAAAUUAAUUAAGGUCUUAAGGAUCACCAUUCCGUCUGUGUCAGCUGGGGUUUUCAUUGUAAUAAUUGGAUCUCUUCUGUACUACUACAGAUAUGAUUUAAGGCGUAACAGCUCAGAUAUCAAUAAUCUUCUGCAACCAAGAAACUACAGAUGCAAUAUAUUAUAUGUACAAUGUCUGAAGCUCCUACUAACAUUAUCAAGUCUUCAUAAAGAUUAUCUGGAUCUUCAAUAUAACAAGCUAAAAAGUAAAUAUAUUGAAGGCGAUGCAUUCCGUGGAUUGAGGAAACUGAGAUAUCUUGCGAUAAAUGAUAACGAUCAACUCAGUGAACUUCAAGCAGCAUGGUUCGUAGACCUUGUAUCGCUAGAAAAUCUGCAUCUACAACGCUGCGGAAUUAACAUAUUAGAGAGUGAUGUCUUUAAGCCUUGUAAACAUUUGAACAAAGUUAAUCUUGCUAACAAUAAUAUUUUGUCAUUCCCAACAGGCAUUUUCCAAAACAUGUCUUCACUUGUGUACCUAUAUAUACGCAAUAAUAAAAUAAUUAAACUUCAAAAUCAAGCAUUUGUUCGUUCCAACCGUAUACAGGUAAUCGAUGUCAGUAACAAUGGCCUCACUACCAUUAACGAAAAUGUUGGUUUACAAAACCUGAGCCAAUUGCAGAGACUUAAUGUAGCAUACAACAGAUUCUCGUGUGAUUGCAAUUUAGUCUGGUUUAGAAAUUGGAUUAACAAAACGAACGUCACACUUGACGAAUUUAUUCAUAUGCAAUGUUACCGUGAACAUGGAAAAAGCGAGAAGUUGUUGGAUUUUGAUCCUGAUACAUUACAGUGUAGCAAAUUAAUUAAGGUCUUAAGGAUCAUCAUUCCGUCUGUGUCAGCUGGAGUUGUCAUUGUAAUAAUUGGAUCUCUUCUGUACUACUACAGAUAUGAUUUAAGGUACUGGAAUCAACGACGACGCCUUAGAAAGCAGUAUGAACAAAUUAACAAGCAAGGACCAACGCCAAUUAAUGGAGAAAACAUUAAAUAUGACGCGUUUGUAGCCUACAACAGCAAAGACCAACAUUGGAUCCUUUCUGUAUUGCAACCAUCGUUGGAAAUCGAACGCAAUUUCAAACUGUGUGUUGACUACCGCGAUUUUAUUGCAGGAGAAGCAGUUGUCGAUAAUAUCGCGAAUGCUGUUAAAUACAGCCGUAAAGUGCUGUUGGUUGUCUCCAAAAACUUCAUCAAAAGUGAAUGGUGUUACUUCGAACUGGAGAUGGCACGCAUGCGAAUGUUCGACAAUCACGAGGAUAUCCUGGUUGUGGUUGUGCUUGAGAAGGUGUCAGCGAAAGAUAUGCCGAUCCUAUUACACAAGAUACUAACCACAAAAACGUACAUUGAGUGGGAAGAACACCCAGAGAGACAGGCAUUAUUCUGGGUUAAACUAGAAGCAGCACUCUUGUCACCUAAUUGUCCCAGAUACAGACUUUUAGAUAAUCCCCAAGAAUAAAAAAUACGUAAUUAAAGUACUUACGUUCAACUAUGUAACAUGUUUAUUUUAAGCCAAAUUGUUAGGUAGAUUAGAUGUGGUAUUUUCCCUUUGGCUUUAAAGAGUAGAUCGCAACGCUUUAACAGUGGUAUGAUGUUGUUUACACUUGCUCACUUCCUCUUGGAAUGCUUUUAGAGAUGGUGUGAAUACAUUGCAUUUUGUAUAAUAAUUGUACCUACUUUAUUACCGUAGAUUGCUAUAAUGUAAUGUAAUUUGUUGUUCAACCGAAUUUUCCAAACCAUAUUUGACGAAAAACUCGGGUGCGGUUUAUGAUAUGCAGAUUUUUGAAUAUUUAAAAACUGGGGACACAAUGGUGGAAAAAAGGACUUUUUUUAUAUUCAAACAUCUGUAUCUCACUAACCGGUCCCAGGAUUUUCAUCAAAUAUGCUUUUUGUGUCUUAGAAAAAUAAUUUGUACAACAUAUCAUUUUUCCUCCGGAGCCUGGCUUUAAGUUCCUACUUUGGAUAUCUUUGAUUUUGUUUUUAAAUUGGGUCAGCAGAUUGUGAUAUACACGGCCGGAAAAUAUUUAAAACAUUCUAAAAUCUGCAUUUUACUUCUCUAAUCUAUCCGCCAAACCAGGCCUAUAGCAUUGGCCUCAAGUGGAAUUUUACACACAGUUGGUCCGCUCGAGUCAGCCUUGCCUACCCAAAUGACUCGAGUCGGCUCAGUCAGUUGCUUCCGAAAACUAUAUAAAAAUA